AUGUCAUACGGCUACGACGCCAAUGUGGUCAGUCUCGGAGCCAUGGCCGGUCAAACCUCGCUGGAGGGGAAUGCAAAGUUGCUCCUGGAGGCGCUUGUCGCAGAGAGACAGGAUGUGGCAAGGCCAUUGAUAUUCGUUACUCACAGUCUUGGCGGACUGCUUUGUAAACAGGCUCUCCUCAUGGCUCACAACCGACCUGAAUAUAAGUCCAUCUUCGACGCCUACGCUGGCAUCGUGUUCAUCGGAACGCCACACAAAGGGUCAAAGCAAGCAAAGCUUGGGAAUCUGUUCGUUAGCUUCAUCAACAUCUUCCGCUCGGCGAAUACGGAGAUUGUCGGUAUGCUGAAGCUACAGUCAAAGCCGCUGUUGAUGCUGGACGACGAUUUCUGGGCGUUGAUGGAUGGCGAAAAGAAGAACUGCGCGGUCCACUGUUACAACGAAUCGGCUCCUAUGAGUACUACUCUUGGUUUCAUCGUUGAUCCUGUCUCAGCAGCUCGACCAGGCGGAAGCAGCUCCCCACUCCAUGGGAACCACAGUUCAAUGCUCAAGUUUGCGACCGAUCAAGACAACGGAUAUCUCACACUUUCCACCAAGCUGAAGGGCUGGUACAAUAACCUACCAUCUUCGACAUUGGUCAGCACCAGUAACGCUCCAACUCAACCACCGUCCCCGAGUAAAGCUGAUGCCCGAAACGUCGGGUCAUCCACUCAAGCCGAUUGUGCAAGUGCACCUGCGGCUGGAAGGGACGCGGGCGCCCCACGUCCUCGGUCCAACAAAGCUGUUUCCGCAUCGUCAUCUAACGACAAAGCCCGAGACGAGAAGGAAGGUCGUGGAGGUUUUCGCGACUGGCAGUAUUUGCGAACGCCAAAAUGCGAGCCAACCAAGCCAGCGAUUGAGACGAUGAUCGUGUGGCUUGGAAGCCUGAGAAGUAAGGGUCGUGUGAUUGGGGACGAGGCUUGUUUAUGCGAUGGCGAUGACGGGAUAUGGCGGCUAGAUGCUGAUAAACAGUCGGUGCAGUAG